AUGGUUCAAAAUAAGCAAGUUAUCUUUACCAAGGUCCCUACCACUUUCCCCGAGGACGGCGAACAUAUGCAAGUCCGUGAGAGUACCAUUGAUCUUGAUGCCCACCUCACUUCGGGAGAGAUUAUUUUGAAGAACCUUGCUUUGUCGGUCGACCCUUACAUGCGUGGCCGUAUGCGAGAUCCCUCUGUCAAAUCGUAUUCUCCCGCAUUUCCUUUGAACCAGCCCAUGACUGGCAGCACCAUGAGUGUCGUGGUCAAGAGCAACCACCCCAAGUUCAAGGAAGGCGAUCUUGUCUACGGUAACACCGGUAUGGGUAUCUUUGAAGAAUACACUCGUGUCGGCGGAGUAUAUCUCGAGAAAGCGUAUACUGUGCGCAACGAGCCCAAGGAAAACGGAUUGCCCAUCACCAAUUACUUGGGUGUUUUGGGUAUGCCUGGUAUGACCGCCUAUGUUGGUUUGUUCAAGAUUGGUGCCCCCAAGAAGGGAGAAACUUUGUACGUUUCAGCUGCUUCCGGUGCCGUGGGUCAACUGGUGGGUCAAAUGGGCAAGGCGUUUGGUCUUCAUGUGGUCGGUUCCGCCGGUUCGGAUGAAAAGGUCGAAUACUUGAAGUCGAUUGGUUUCGACGGUGUGUUCAACUACAAGACCGAAGACAUUGACGACAAGCUCGGCGAACUGUGCCCCAACGGUAUCGACAUUUACUUUGAAAACGUCGGUGGCAAGAUGCUCGAAUGCGUCAUCAAGCGUGCCAACAACUUUGCUCGCAUUGUCGCCUGUGGUAUGAUCUCCCAGUAUAACCGCGAACACCCCGAACCUAUCCACAACUUGAUGCAAGUCGUGGCCAAGCGUUUGCGUAUCGAAGGUUUCAUUGUCGGUGACCAUUUGGACAUGGAACAAGAAUUCAGAGAAAAGGUGACCAAGAUGCUCCUCAACAAGGAAAUCCAAUACAAAGAAUCCGUUGCCCACGGUAUCGAAAACACUCCCAAAGCCUUGAUUGACGUGCUUCGCGGAAAGAACUUUGGCAAGCAAGUCGUCAAGAUUGCUGAUCUGUAA